AUGGUUUCGUCCGGUGAGUCUAGCUGGUCCCUUCUCCGUGAUCGAACCCCUCCCACUGACCGUUUUCCCAGAUACCAAAGCGAACCCGACGCUCUGGGCCAGGGCCUCUACUCAAUCAACCCCAUCUCAGAAGCCGUCAUUCUUGGCGUCGACCACACCAACACAUUCGCCGUCGAUGAGGGCCGCCCCAGUGUGCGCCUAGAGAGCAAGCAGGCCUACAACCAUGGCCUGUUCAUUGGUGACUUUGCCCACAUGCCUCCCACCGUCUGCGGUCUGUGGCCGGCUUUCUGGAUGUACGGGCCCGACUGGCCCAACAGCGGCGAGAUUGACAUCAUCGAGGGCGCCAACCUCGCCACGAGGAACCUCAUGUCGGGACACACCUCCGAAGGCUGCACGUUGCCGCAGUCUGCUGGCCAGGUGCUGGGCCAGCCCACGACAACCGACUGUCUCUCUCCCGGCGCCAACAACAAUACGGGGUGCGGCUACGCCGCAGACCCCCUGAGCCACGCUACCUACGGCGACGCCUUCAAUGCCGUGGGGGGUGGCGUGUACGCCAUGUAG